AUGCUGUUUGAAGAUGAACCUUUGUUUUUUGGCAGGAUCAACUUCUUUGUGGUUUGCUCUCUCAUUGGUAUGGUAGUUCUUCUCCCACUAAAUUACACGGGUAGUAGUGUGCGACCAAAGAGCUAUCAUUCCAUGGAUGCUUUUGCAAUAUCUAAUAUCAGUAGUGGCUCUAACAGGCUUUGGGUGCAUUUUUCAGUCCUAUGUUUUGUUUCUUGUUAUGCAUUAUACUUGCUAUACAAGGAAUGUUCUUAUAUUUUACUGAAAAGGAUUCAACAACUGCGUAACAAAAGGCAAUACCCCAACCAGUUCACCAUUCUGGUUCGACGAAUUCCAUUUUGCCAAGAACACAAGGUUCGGGGAUGCUGCAUAGACCACUUUUUCACCAAGCAUCAUCCAUAUUCAUAUCAGUCUUAUCAGAUUCUUUAUGACGGGAAGGAACUUGAAAAUUUGGUGAACAAGGCAAAGUCUGCUGCAAAGAGGAUUGAGGACCUAAAAGUGAAACAAUCAACUAACAAACGCAGUGGAAAGUCUUUUCUUUCUGGUGCAUGUAGAAAGAAAGAUAAGAUUGAGAAACUUGAGCAAAUGCUUCAAGAACUUCAUUCCAAAAUAAGGCACGUAAGACGUAAAAUGAUGCUUCAAGAGAAGGAAUUGCCAGUUGCAUUUGUUACAUUCAGGUCACGAUGGGGUGCUGUUAUAGCCGCUCAAUCUCAGCAGCAUUCAAAUCCCUUACUUUGGAUCACUGAAAUGGCUCCAGAACCAAGGGAUGUGCUUUGGCGAAAUUUAGCAAUUCCGUAUAGGAUCUUGCCACUUUAUGAGAUUGUAAUUCUUGUUGCGGUGGUGUUUCUCACUCUUUUCUUUGCUAUACCAGUUACAGCAGUUCAAGGGAUCGCCAAAUAUGAAAGACUGAGCAAAUGGUUUCCACCCGUAAAGGCUCUGGAGUUAAUUCCAGGAUUAAAGUCUGUGGUUACAGGAUACCUUCCGAGUGCCAUUCUCAAUGGGUUCAUUUACAUUAUACCGUUUGCCAUGAUCGGGCUGUCAAGAUUAGCGGGCUAUAUCACGAGAAGUAAAAAGGAUAUGAAAGCGUGCAAGAUGGUGUUUUAUUUUCUCGUGGGAAAUGUAUUCUUUUUAAGCUUGUUAUCGGGGUCCUUACUUGAUCAGAUCGGACAAUCUUUCUCUCAACCCAAGUAUAUUCCUAGUCGUCUUGCUAGCGCCGUCUCUGCCCAAGCAGACUUCUUUAUGACAUAUAUCUUGACCAAUGGCCUGUCCGGAUUUUCUUUGGAGAUUCUUCAGCCCGGAUUACUUAUUUGGGAUGCUAUAAAGCCAUCCACGUGGGAUCGCGGGAAGUCGUCUCACCGCUGCUUCUUCCAUUUCUGGUUGGCUACUUUCUUCUUGGCUAUGUCGUCGUCACCAACCAGAUUGAAGACGUGUAUAUAACUUCAUAUGAAACACACGGACAGUUCUGGCCAUGCAUUCAUCACUACAUUAUUGUUGCACUCGUCAUCAUGCAAA